GCAUCACUCCGGCUGUGUGCUGUGUGGGUACAGCCUCUCUGUCCUGUCCACUAACAGCAAGCUGCAGUGUGUGAGUGCGCUGUGCCUCAUUAUCACUGCUGCAGCCGCAUGUUCGAGGCUACAACUCCAGCCCAAUUAAAAAACCUCCCUCCCGCAUGUGGUUUCCUCCCUCCCGCAUCUCCACACACCGCAAUGAAGGAAUUUAUCCGUUUGUUCUGAAGUCUCUCUGCUCACAGAAAUGAGGUCUCGGCUGACUUUCCCACGCGUCGAGUGAAGAUCUGGGACCAGGACCUGUCGGCAAAACUCCUGCAGCAUCCAAAAAAAAGAAAAACCCAUCACCUUUACUUCUUUUUGUUUCUCUCAGAGGGGACAGCGACUCACUGCGGGCUGAAUAAAGGCUGAAUAAAGGCUGAAUAAAGGCUGAAUAAAUGGAUAAUAACGCUGCAAAUUCGGAGAAAUCUCAACUGAUCCACGAGAAGAAUGCGAAAAUGUAUUCCUUAAAACUACAAAGCUCCUUCCCAGACUCCAAAGAGCAAUAUCCUGACUUCCCUUUUAAGAAUGGAGGCGUGGCCGGUGCCAUCGAGCUCAAGCGACCCGUCGGUGCCCACUGCCACGGUACCAAAGCCUUGGCGUGUGAGGACAGUGGGGACAAGAUGCUGGCCAAGAAGAAACUCUACAUCGCUUCAGCCGUCUGCCUCGUCUUCAUGAUUGGCGAGGUCAUAGGAGGCUACCUCGCCCACAGCCUGGCCAUCAUGACUGAUGCAGCCCACCUCCUGACAGAUUUUGGCAGUAUGAUGGUGAGCCUGUUCUCCCUGUGGAUCUCCUCCAGACCGCCCACCAAAACCAUGAACUUUGGUUGGCACAGAUCAGAGAUCCUCGGAGCGUUCAUCUCAGUCAUUUCCAUCUGGAUUGUCACGGGGGCUCUGGUCUAUUUAGCCAUCGAGAGGAUUGUACGCAACGACUAUGAGAUUGAUGGCCAUGUAAUGCUGAUUACCUCCGGGUGUGCUGUCAUUGUCAAUAUAAUCAUGGCUUACAUCCUCCAUCAUUCCACCACCUUCCACGCCCACGGCAGCGGUUAUCACCAAAUCGACGAGGAUGGUCACAGUCCCGUCGCUCACGGCCACUCCCACACACUCCUCGGUGGCCACAGCAACACCAGCGUCCGUGCCGCCUUCAUCCACGUGGUCGGAGACUUGCUGCAGAGCGUCGGCGUCAUGGUGGCGGCGAUCAUCAUCUACUUUCGGCCUGAGUACAAAGUUGCAGAUCCCAUCUGUACGUUCCUGUUCUCGGUCUUUGUCCUCUUCACCACCAUCACCAUCCUCAGAGACGUCUUUAGGAUACUCAUGGAAGGGUCUCCGAAAGGAAUAGAGUUUAACUCGGUGAAGGAGGUGCUGCUGUCUGUGAAGGCUGUUAAGUCUAUGCACUGUCUGCACCUCUGGGCUCUGACUCUGGGCCAGUCACUGGUCUCUGUCCACCUGGCCAUAGAGGAGGGUGCUGACGCUCAGUCUGUGCUGCAGGAGGCCACUGAUCUGCUCCACACCAAGUUUGGCUUCUACAGCAUCACCAUCCAGGUAGAGCUCUACUCUGAAGACAUGAGCCACUGCUCCCACUGCCAGGACCCCAGUGACUGACACUGAUACUGGAACCGGACAAGACUGGACCCAACACAGGACAUGGAACAGGACUCAGGCACAUUUUCAUUCUCUCUGGGUGAGCUGGACCAGCGAGAGCUGUAUUCACAAUGCAGCUUCCUGUUUAAAUGAGUAGAAUAAGAUUUUUGGUUUGCGUUUGCCAUUAAGCCACAAGAAAUCAGACAGCUGAAUCAUCCAUGUGUUGGUAGUAAGAGUGCUGAUGCUGGAGCUCUAUGCUAACAUGGAAAAGGCCAUAAAAAGUCUUGCAGUCCUCCUCAAAAACGGGGUGUAUCGUACUCUGGUCCUCGUGGUUUUUACCGAGAAUUGAGGUGAGGCUGCAAAGGUUGAUAAUGUGCUGGCUUGUAAGUUUGGCCAAAAUGUUGGUCCAGUCCAUAAACAUAUCUCAUCUCACUCUUGUCAUCUGAAAUUCUGAAUCCAGUUACGAAAAAAAACCUCACACAGGAUGACAGUACAGUACUAUUUAGGACAUGACUACUUAUUGAUGGAGGGAAGAACAAUCUAUAAUAAUGAACGAAAACUUGCUAGCUAUCUCACAGCUAGUUCACAGUGGUUGCAAACGGAAACUAAAUUAAAAACUAAAAGUAUGUGUUAAAAAACCCAUUUUAGUUUACUGAAAUAAAAAUAAAAAUGAGAAAAAACUAGCUUGUGUACAUAAAAAAUGAACUAAAAUCAAAUAAGAAUAUACAGGAACUGUCUUUAGUUUUAUGAGGAGACAUAAGUGUAAAUGUUUAUUGAGACUGGGAUGUCUACAGGACUGUGAGUCAAUUGCCUUCACAGAGUGUUUGUAUUGUAAUACCUAUUCUUAAAUCUUGACUAAAAAAACUAAAACCAAUACUGAAACUAAUAAAAGUAAAACAAUUUAAGCAAUAAAAGCUAAGAAAUGAGCAAAACCACUCUGAAAACUGAAAAACUAAAGAAAUUGAUUGAGAAAAAGUGUUUUACAUGUGCUUGAAUGUGCUCUUCAUGCAAGAAGUUCUGGGUAAUAUGCUGCUGCCAUAACGUCUGCAUUAAUAUGACCAAUAGGGGCAGCAGGGGUCCAUCGUAGCAGAUGUACAAUGCGACGUGGUGAUGUAAAGGAGCAUAAUAGAUGACUGUAGGCCACAAGCAAUGAGUAGCACAUUAGUUAUAAAAGAUUGUUAAUGGUUUUUAUUUUCUUUUUAACAUCUACAUUACUAAACUUUAUAUUUAUGCAACUAUUUCAGGAGAAUCUUAGUUUUUCAGUCUCUCUGAAAACACUGCCAAAUAUACGACCACAUAUUGUUCACAAUUACUUUACAGCUUUGGGGCUCCUACUUAUUUUCUACGGUAACUUCCAUCAUAUUGUAGCAUGGAGCAUACAACCAGCUAACAGAGAGUGACCUGUUAGCAUGGAGCACCUGUUCUACCAGGAACACAUGGAUGGCUUCGAUGUCUGUUGUUUCAACACUAACGUUACCGAGUGGCUCAUCUACCGGACACUCACUGACAUCGCUUUCCACCAACGAUCAGACUUGAUUCAGCGAUGCUAGCUAGUCAUGAAUACAUUUUUUUAAACUGUUUUAUUUGCCCAAAAGUUCUUUCUUGACAUAUACUCAUUGCAAACACCCUGAUAAUAUCCACCACACUGACAAAACUCGUCUUUUAAGGAAGGAAAGCGUGAAUAAUACCUCUCUGAAAAUAUACAUUUUGUACAUACUUGGUUGGUUGUUGCCUUAGGAAGAUAACAGACAGAAGGGUGUAAGGACUGUUGAUUGGUCAAUGUCAUGAUAAAAAAAUGAGAACGUAUGAUGAUGAUUAACCACUUUUUAAUCUACAAAAACUGCACUAUUUGUCCCCACGUGGAUCUGAAACAGCAGCUAUGAAAAUGAACAGACUGACAGAUGCAACAACCGAUAGUCACGAUGUCAGUGCAGCUUUUCAGGCUAUCGUCAUAGAAUUUGUUGGAGAAAAAAAACCCACAUUUAUUUCCAAUCUUAUGGACUUGAUUUGGCCAAGUUUUGUUGGAUCCUGGUCUGAACUGUUCAAGUACUCCCUUUAAACAUUAUACUGUACUGUACCUCAUCACAUAAGCCCAGUUCAGACCAAAGAUUCGUUGGUCUGCAACGUACUGAAACCCUGCCAGUUCACACCAAUGCAAAUAGACGAGACAGGGUAUCAUCUCCAUAAUUAACAGCUAACUGUAGCUUUUUUUGUUUGGCUAUUAUUCCUACCAUCAUAAAAUAUAGAACGAGGAUAGUGAUAUUGACUUACUUGCUACAAUUGCAUUUUAUUGACAAAACAAUAAAAAAAAAAGCUCUCAAUAAAACGAGAAGGUUGAGAAUUUGGAGCCAUCCAUGGGUUCAUGGGUAACUUUUAAGGCUUGUGUCAAACAAACUGACGAGGCGAUCUUCUCUUUUCUCUGUCCAGAACUUUGCCAUUUCAAGCAGCUGGCUUUGCAACGAGCCUUAUGUUUCACUGGAGAUUUGACAGGCUGAGUUGACACCGCAAGGUCCUUAAACAUUUUCAUCUCGUCAUGAUUUCUUUGGUGUGAACUGGGCUAUAUACCAUGCUGGCUCAAGUGUCUGUCUUAUGUGUAAUAAUUCAGUGACAUCUAGAAUUGAUCACUCUCUCUACUGUACUGUACUUUGUUUAAUUUUUAUCGCAUCACGCCAAAGAUGAGGAGUCAUGUCUGUCUUUUAAAAGGUGUUUGGAGGGUCAUUAGAUUAAUUUAGAUAUGCAAACAUUUGAGCAAAUUCAGUGGAAAUAUGAGGAUUGAUCGACCUGUAGUCGAUUUUUAAGAUACCGACAGACUCAAAACUGAACUCAUUAAGGGCUAUUCUUGAUGGUAGCCCUUUUGACAAUUUUGUUGUGUUUUGUUGUUUCUUGGUCUCACUUGUCAGAGUCGCACACAAUGAAGUGUCUUUAGACGUGUUUACCUACUAGUGGGGACUGUAUCGAUUGAGCAGAAGGAAAAUGAGUAAGUGUCAGACUGAAAAAGCAUUCAGCUGCUUCCACUGUCAACUCUGAGCGGACAUUCAGGUCUGAGGGCAGAAAUGAUUUAGUCCUGCAGACGGAUGAUUAGUUUCAGCUUCAUGCAGUCAUCCAUCUCAGCUAUCUCUCUUUCCUCCUGUAGCUUCAGUGUUACCCAUCCAUCUACUAUAUGUCUCUCUGUUCCCUGUCUGCCUAUCAAUCCAUCCAUCCAUCCAUCCAUCCAUCCAUCUAUGCCUUUGCAAGUCUGGGGCCCUGGAGUAAGUACUAAAAGCCACAAAUGGUGGAAAGAGGAGCUUGCAGCGGCUUCAAGAGCGCUCAAGACUUUCAAAAUAAAACAUUUCAAAGAUUUUGUUUUCUUCACACACACACAUACACACCACUCAACUCCCUCUAGUGCUCAUAGGCGUAGACCUCAGCUGACAGUUUACCCUUAUUUACCCUAGAGCUGCAUGAUUCAUCGAUUAGUUGUCAGCUCUUAAAUUAAUCACCAAAAUCUAAAAAUUCUCUAAUUCCAGCAUCUCAAAUGUUAAUAUUUUCUGGUUUCUUUACUCCUUUAUGACAGUAAACUAAAUAUCUUUGGGUUGUGGACAAAACAAGACAUUUGAGGACGUCCCCUUGGGCUUUGGGAAACAGCGAUCGACACUUUUACCAUUUUAUGGUCCAAACAACUAAUCAAUUAAUUGAGAAUUGCCUCUUUGGUAAUGAAAAUAAUUAUUAGUUGCAGCUCUAAUUCAAAAUAAGACACUUAAAUAACACCUCAACUCCUUCAUACACUCAUAUAAGUCUGUAAUUCUAAUUUGUACUGCAUUCAUUGCUUAGAGUAUAUUUUGCCCCCUUUAUCCCUUUCUUACUCCAGCUCCUCAAACUCCUUCAUACAAAGUCAAGCCAGCAAUGAAGUUUAGCUCCCAGUCAUUUAUCAAGAAACGCUAUACAUGACGCAAUACAGUCCAGCUUCCAGCUUUUCAAGCAAUGCAGAAACUCCUGCCUGUCCAUCCAGCCAAGCAGCUCAGCGUCACCUUUUCAGAAAUCCUACCACAAUUCCUAAAGAUCCUGCUCUCUCUAGAGGGAAGGUUGUGUAAUGAACAAAACGGAAAUGAGUUCCUCCUCUGGAGAGCUGGAACGUGCUUAUAAAUUGCAAACUGCCCUUUAGAUUUGAUUUGAAUGAUUUAUUGAUUUUGGGCUGACGGUGGUGCUAUAGGAGGAUGAUCAUGGUGUCAUUAUUAUCAUCCGAAUUUCUGGGGACCACGAACAUCCACAGCAUGUUUAAUGGAACUACAGUCAGCUGUGGUGGAUAUUGGUUAAUACUUUGGACUUCAGUACAGAGAAUAAUUUUGAGACCAUUUUGCACCCAUAAGAAAAGCUUACAAGUCAGCUGACAUGCCUGUAAUGUUUCUCGCUACUAUAAAGUGUUGAUGUUGUUAGUUGCUCUCAAAGAAAGGACAAUUGUACAUUGUAAACGCCUAGUUGACAUCCAUUCUGAUCCAAAUACUUGCAUGGUUGUUAGCUGUUAUUCAAUAUCAUGUACAGUAAGACGUUUCUUGUUGAACUGCCAAUCAGAAUAUGUUGAUAUAUCAUGCGGAGGAUUAAUCAAAGAAAAGACACCUUCUUUAAAAUUCUAUAUUUUCACCAAUUUUUAAGGAGAUCCUGUAUAUUUAAAUACAUUUUUCCUUUUGAAAUAAUGCAAAAUGAGAAUAUAUAUGGACCCAACAGCUAUGAAUACUAAGUUAGAACAAAGUGAAUGUAAUAAAGACCAAUGCAUUUUACUGUACUAGUUUUGAUAAACAUGCAUACUGAAGUUCUCCUCUAGAGGCUUGAGCCAAAGUCUUUCUUUACAGUCUGAAAAAAGUUUGUUUUAUUCCAGAAAAACACUGUUCCUGUUUGUUCACUAUGGAAGUCUAAUGUUUGAGAAUGCUCUGUAUUGUGCUGUCUUUGUGUGACUGUUGUAAAUAUGUCAAAUAUUGUGUAUUUUCUGUGUAUGAUUUUGUGUAUACAUGUGUAAAUACAUUUAUCUCCCUUGUACAAUUGGUCCUAUUUGUCUAAGUGUUCUGGUGAUGUUGCAAAAAUCCACAUGUCACAUCUGUGAUGUUUGAUAUUUCAUUUUUAUGUGUGGCAAGAAUUUUUUGUAAAGUGAAAUAAAAGAUUACAGAUGA